AUGUUAGAGGGUCUAAUAGCGGGACUCUUGAACAAGAUUUUAGGUUCUUAUGUGGACAACCUGGACACCAAACAGCUGAAUAUUGGUGUCUGGGGCGGACGUGUAAGUCUUCAAAAUCUUGCAAUUAAGCCAGAAGCCUUGGACAAAUUGGGCAUACCUAUAAAAAUCGUCAGAGGGUUUAUAGGUAAUUUUAUCUUAGAGAUGCCUUGGUCAGAUUUACAAAAGAAAUCACUAAAAGUAAAAAUCGAAGAUAUCUAUCUAUUAGUUCGCCCUCAAGGAAAAAGUUCACUCACCGAGCAACAACUUAAAGAAUACCAGCAAAACUUUAAGCAAGAACAGCUUGACAGUUUUGAAAUCUUAAGAAAAAACUUCCGAGAAGCACUUGAUGAUGUGAAUUCUACCGCAACGAACAGUAAAAAACAAUCCCUCCUAGAGUUUAUGAUUGCUAAGUUAACUGCUAAUCUCGAGGUUUCAGUUGACCGAGUGCACUUGCAUUAUGAUGAUGAUUUAAGCGAUUCCAAACAUCCAUUUUCCUUGGGAGUUACUUUGAGAUCGCUACGAUUACAUUCUACAAACGAUGAUUUCAAGGGAUAUCUAUUACCUUCCGAUCCCCUUCCCGAAAAUUGUAUUCACAAAUACUUAUUUGUUGAUUAUGUUUCUAUUUAUUAUCUAGAGAAGUGCAUGAUACCCCGAACUUACUCUCCCGAAGAGAUCUUUGCCAAAUUACGGGAGGCUAUUCCUGAUUGCAUGCAAUCGCCGAAGUUUGAUUAUAUACUAAAACCAAUGACAGUAGACGGUCACUUCGUUUUAUUUCGACAUCCUGAUGAUCAGAUUAUGCAGUUACGGGGUACUUUGUCGGUUGAAGAAUUAUCCUUCGCUGUUAGUGAUGUCGAAUUUAAAAGUUUAUUAGGCAUUAUAGAUUAUUUCAAACUUAUGUUGAGACAGCAGCUUUAUAUGCACUUCCGCCCCAAAGUAAGCCCAAAGGAUGAUCCUCUUGCGUGGUUUAGGUACACUGCAUUAGUUGUUAAAGACUCCAUCCACCAGAAGCAGAAGCAAUGGGCUUGGAAAUAUUUUAAAUCCCGCCGAGACGAUCGUAUCUUGUAUAUGGAUAUAAUUCGUAAAAGAUAUUUAAAUGAGGAAGUUGAUCGCCAAGGAAUUUAUCUACAAAAAGCAAUUGAGCAGAGGACGAACAUUUAUGACCUUAUUAAAUAUCGUUCCCGUGUCCAUACUUCGUUGCUAAAUGAGAAGAAUCCUGGCUACUUAAAGCUGAAAAAAUCUGCUAUUCAAGGCUGGUUUGACUGGGCAGCAGCACAUAUUCGAAACCCACGAGAUGAUGUUUCUGAUACUCCCAGGUUCACUGAAGAAGAGCAAAAGCAGCUUUUUACUUCUAUAGAAUGGAGUGGACAAGUUUAUCCUAAUAGCGUUGCGUUGAACCCGGAUACUUGCAUUGCUGUCUUUAAUAUCUAUAUUGAAAGAGGAAGCUUUUCAAUAUUGUCAAAAACCGAACAUAAAAAAAUUACGAUAAUUCAGCAACGAUUUAAAGGAUUUGAAACUGAAUGCUUAGUUCGUCCGCGAUCUUUUAAACUAAAGGUUUCCUUAAAAGAUUUGGAUGUUCUGGAUGGGAUCACUAAUCCUAAAUUGCCUCCUAAUAAAGUUGUUUUUUGCAAGCAUUCCGAUGGAACCAAUGAAGGAAAUUUAAAAAUACCAAAAUCUUAUAGAGAACACUUGUUUUUCCUUUUAUUUGAUUCUUAUUCUUUGGAUUCAAAGGCUAGUUCUGUUUUGUUGGUUCACUUAAGAACCCUCAUUAUCAUUUACAAUCGAACUUGCGUUGAAAGACUUAUUGAAUUUUUUCUACCCCCUCGAACGAAACUCGAGCACGUCACAGAAUGGAGUUAUUCAGCUGCUGCCAAAUUUAUGAAUCUAGCUAGGCAAACUCGAGCCAGUUUAGAUUAUGCACUCGAACAGCAUAAGACAGCCGAUAUGACUAUUGACUUACAAGCACCUUUGAUUGUAGUUCGUCAGGUUUGUUCGAAUUUUAAUAGCCCCACUUUAUUUCUCGAUGUUGGCCGCAUUGUUGCUCAUACUCAACUUGUAGAUGAUCAGCUUAUUGAUAAAUUUCGUUGUCUACAAAGUAAACAGAUUGAUUCUGAGCUUAUGGAGCAAUUGAAAAACUUAAUGUAUGAUCGAUUUGUCAUUUCGCUUUUUGAAACAAGGUGUUUGAUUGCUCCGAAUUACGAUGUUGGAAUGUCUUGUUUACCAGUAGAAUCUGAUUACCACGUUUUAAAAGAAUGCUCUUUGGAUAUUAGUUUCGAGGUAUCCAUUCUACAAAAAGCAACUAAUCUAACCAAAUUUCGUGUGUUUAGUCAUAUGAAAAGUGCCGAAAUUAUGUUUACAGACGAUCAGUUUAAAGUGUUAGCCAAUAUGAUGAGUAAUUUGCUUCCUACUUUUCCGUCCAUGGAAACACCAUUUACGACUCAACAAUUUCUUGAUGCAGUCAAACCUCCUGAAUUUUAUGAUGCUUCUGAGUCUUUCCAACAAACAUCACAAGAAUCCUCAAUUAAAUUAGCAAACACAAGGAUAAUUGAAUUUAUAGCUCAGGAGGUGUUUGCCUUUUACUUUACUGUUGAUGGUGCUGUGUGUUCCAUGUGUUGGAGGCUUAACGACAAAGUAAUUCCUAUCAUGCGUGCUUUUACUACCUUUUCAGUGGAGUUGGUUGUUCGCAAAUUUGACUAUCACGUUUUAAUAACUCUUACAGACUUAACCAUUAAAGAGUUUACAUAUCCUUCAGCAUUAUGCAAUAACACGCUGGUGGCUCCAUCUCCAAAUUCUUCAGAUGAGGCUGCUGGUAAAGUUGUUAUUAGUUAUAUGAGUAUUGAUGAGGACUCCCCUGAGUUGCACCCAAUUUACGAAGGUGUUAGGAUUACGACUGGUGUUGCAUUAUCUGAUUUACGUCUCAAUGUAGUACCUUCUGGCUUUAUACUUAUAUAUGAUUACAUUUUAUGCUCAUUCACGCCCUUAUAUAACGCGUAUAAGGUAAACGAAGGAACAAAAAUAAGUGCUGAUGAUAAUGAAAGCCUAAAAGGCGAAAGCUCUUCUAUAAAAGAAAAUGCCAAUUUGCGGCUCAAUCGCAUCAAUAUUCAUCUCUACGAUAGAGAAGUCAACUUUUCCAUACUCAAUCUGGAAAAUCUGAAACUACAUAUGGAAUUUCGGGAUUCGUUUUCUCUUCAGGCUCAUUUUUAUAAAGCCGAAGUUUUUAAGUGUUUGCAUGAUUCCGCAACCCCCCAAAAAAUAUUAUCAAUUGAUAAUGAAGAUUUAUGCAAUUUGCAAUAUGAAAGCUACGACGUCAACAAGCAGACAAUAAAAGGACAAUUACAGCAGGACUCAAGUUUAGAUUUAUCUGUUGGUCCUGUCACCAUAAACUUCAAUGAGGAAUUUUUUAAUACUCUUUAUGGGUUUUUCGUGAAGUACAAAAAGCAAAAAGGCCUUUAUGACUCUGUUAAAUAUGCACCAUAUUAUGAUUUAUAUGGAAAAGAAAAUACACAAACUUAUACUAAGUAUGAAUUUCAUGUUCGCAAUCCUACGAUUGUCUAUGAGGGAAUCAUUUCUCCAAAUGAGCAAACCAAGUCUUCUAUUCUUGUUAACAUCGGUUCAUUUGCGAUAAGUAAUGAAGCUCCCAAAGUUAGCAAUAAGCUUAGGAAAUCUCCGUUCAAGAUGGCGAUUAAUUCUGUUAAAAUUUCUACGUCAAUUUCUAACUUCAAGCAACGAAUCCAACUUUCAAAAAACUUUGACUUCGAGCUAAAUUUUAGUUACGCAACGGAAUUAAGAACACUUUCUAGUAUCCUUAAGAUAGAUGCGAAAACCCCCAAAUUGGAAGUGGAUAUGUGUGAACCUCACCAUGUACUUUUGUGGUCAUUUUAUAAUGCUGCCACUGGCUUUACUGGCCUGGAUGUAUAUCAUUCUGAUAAGCAAUUGAGGAAUGAACUCGCUGCAGCCUUGUCAAGGAACGGAACGACUAGCGCAUUGACUAUACCUGAGAUGACUUCUUAUGAAUUCUCGAUAGCUGUACUGUAUAACUUCGAAAAGUUACGAUAUAAUGUUUUUACUGACGAUGAAUUUGAGGAUCUUACUCAUUUGAUGGCUUUACAUACUGUCGUGGAUUUCUCUCAUAUUCAAGCUGAGCAACAUAUGUAUGCCAGUGGUCGUAACUAUACCGAAUUUUCAAUAUCUGAAAUUCAAUUUUACGACGUAAGCAGAAGAGAACAUCCCACUUUAAACAAAACCCUUCAGUAUCCUGACAAACACCACACGCUUAUUAUAGGUUCACUUGAUUAUGCGACUCAUAUGCCAAAAUCUAACUUAGUUAUUGAGGUGGAUUCGCCGAUGGUGUACGUUAACUUUGACUACUUAUAUCCAUUAUGGUCAAUUUUCGUUCAUUGGCAUCGUGCUUAUUAUAGCACAUUAAAGGCUUUGAAUAGCCGAGCGUUGACGUCCAAAGAUGCCUCCAGUCAAACGGAAGAUUGCACAUUAUUUUACAGAAUCACGUUUGUUGAAUUGUGCCUCGUGUUUAUUAAGGACAUUGAAGCUCCAGUACCAUAUAUUCUUCCUGCUAAUUUUGGGGAACUAUUGAUAACCCAACAAUCAAUAAUGGCUGUAACCGCGAAUAACGUUACAUUGAACGCUCACACACUGGGUGAUAAUUCGAGGGUUGCUACUCAGUUAGUAGAUCCAUUUGGUUUUCGAUUUGCGUAUUCCCUACAUAAAGCCAGCAAUAUGCAGGUUAUGUCGAACAUAUCAUUGGACUUUGAAGCACUGAUCAUUCGGUCUACGUAUCCAGAUUUGUUGUUCCUCCAGAAAGUGCUGCGAGGUGUUUACAAUUUCUACUAUGCGUUAUACGCGGUGCCCUUAAAAGAGGGAGAAGACUUGAACAUAGAUGAAGAAGACAAUCAAAUAUUUACAGAUAUUCCGAAUACGAAUUCUUGCUCACUCUUUGGAAUUAAGAUUUGCAAAGAAGAAUGUUCCCUAACUAUAGACGGAAUUCGGAUCCUAUUGAUUAGUCAAUUGCAUGAUUUACCGAUUGUAAAUUUGAACGUGAAGCCUCUGAAGAUUGAUCUGAAUGACUGGUCAUCUGAAUUAAAUUUGAAUACCCAUUUAGAGCUAUUUAUGAAUUUUUACAACUUUGCUAACUCCCAUUGGGAGCCAUUUCUAGAACCUUGGGCAUUUGGGUUUCACCUGUCCAGGAACCCGAAUACCUUUAAAUGUGCCCUCUAUUUAAUAUCAAGGAAGAAAUUAGAACUGGUAAUAACUUCUCAGCUUUUGGAAACUCUAAGUUUUGGAUUUUCCAAAGGAGUAAACGAGGAUUUACGAGCUUCGUCUGAAACAGAUGCUCCAUACCGAAUUCACAAUCAUACUGGGCAUACCGUGAGUAUUUGGGCUGAUUAUGAAGGAAGCGAUAAUUCUUACGUCCGUAGAUUAGAGGAUGGAAAAGGAACCGAUUGGAAGUUUGAAGAAUGGCGGCAGAUGCAAGAUAUAAUGAAGCAAGAUGGAAACAGAUCAUGUAUAGGCUUACAUUUUGAAAAUGGUAUUUUUGACACUUUACGACGCAUACGAGUGAACAAAGUGGGAGAAUAUGUUUUUCCACUUACAUCUGAAAAUUCACCAGUGAAACAUUACAUAGUGGUUGAUGUUUCUUUAAGCGGAGAAUAUGUUAAGCACAUUUCUUUAAGGUCUCCUUUAUUGCUGAAAAAUGAAAGUAUGAUGGAAGUGGAAAUUAUUUUAUGUGACUCAGUUGGCCAUAAGAAAUCGCCUAUCUACACAAUCCCCCCAAAACAAGUUUGCAAUUUACCUAUUGAAGCUGCUUACGAGAAUUUUAUUCAUAUUCGACCAAUUUCAGAAUUUGGAUAUGCCUGGUCUUUGGAACCUAUUAAUUGGAGACUUUUAACCGAGAAGAAGAAAAGUGUACUUUCGUGUUCCCAACUACAUCAGGCUGAUAAAGUUCCUUUUUGUCGAUUUGCGGUGAAUGCUGAGUAUAGAAACAAACAGAUCGCAUCGCAUUAUCCAUACAUGCACAUUAACAUAACUGCUUUAUUAGAAUUAAGGAAUCUGUUACCCAUUGAUAUUCAGGUCAAAAUCGUCGAUAAAGAAGCAAACUCCACUUGGAUGUCGAAGAUCGAUGUUGGUAAAUGCUCUUACGUUCAUUCAGUUGAUAUAUCUCAUGUUCUGCUUUUGCAAGUCCAAACGUCUAAUUCCGAACUUGUUUCCAGUUCUUUUGCGACAAUUGUGACUAAUAAUCCAGAAGUAUAUGAGCGUGAUAAGUACCUUACAGUGACACUUCAGGACGGAAGAAAAGUCAAGUUAGGUUUGAAAUAUGUUGAAGUUUUCCCAGGAAUUUUUCAUGUUGAAAUUUUUAGUCCAUACGUUGUGAUUAAUAAAACUAGGACGACGUUAGCCAUUGGCCCGAAAAGUGAAUAUAAAAAAUUUGCAUUUUCUGCUGUUAAACUUUCCGAGGGUACCAGUGACGAGGCAAUUCCUUGCCUUUUCUCAUAUUGGAAAAACCACGGCAGCCGCCGGUGCCGUUUACAAUGUAAUAGCUCACAAUGGAGUGACCCAAUUAGCUUUGAUGCCAUUGGCAGUGUUUUCGAAGUCGAUCUUCCCCAUAAAUACAUUCAUGAUCUUGUUUACAAAAUUGGUGUAUUUAUUGAAACAGGACCAAAUGGUUAUUCGAAUACCAAAGUUGUCACUAUAGCAUCAAGGUUCAUGAUAAUUAAUAAUACCCGAUGGACGCUCUCAAUAGCUGAACCUAAUGAAGAAGCCACAAUGGAGAUUCAACCUAAUGGGGAGGAUUUUUUGAAGUAUAUUACGAAAACAGCAUCUCCAAUGAUUCGAGUUUGUUGUGGGGAUUUUUAUGAAUGGUCUUCACCCUUUCUAAUUGAAGAAAUUGGUUCUAUAUAUCUGCGUUUACCUACUUUGGAAGGUGAAAGGUUAAUAAGAGCGGAAAUUACUUUAGAUAUGGCUACUAUUUUUAUUUACUUUAUAGAGGAAAACGGGACCUGGCCAUUUUAUAUAAGGAACGAGACGAAUUUAAAUUUUAAGUUUUCACAAGUCAACAUUCUUGAUGAAGAGAAUAAGAAACGGAACCAAACAUGUGAACAAAAGACACACGAUUUACCUUCUCAUAGUGAGGUUCAAUAUUCUUGGGAUUAUCCUUCUUCGCUAUCCAAGGAAAUUAUUUUGCAGAAUCGCUCGAACAAGUGCCCGACAACAUUGGCAGAAAUCGGUUCUUUAACGCCUUUCAAGAUAAAGGAUGAAUCAGGUGUUUCUACUUUCAUUUCGAGAGACAUCAUCGCAAGUGGAAUUUCGAAAAUCUUGAUCCUAAAACCGGCUGACAUGGCGUCAAUGGUUGCAAAACCAAAAUUUUCCAGUAAGGUAGCUUGUGAAGAACAAGAUUUCACCCUGGAACAAGCCGAUAGUUGUAUAGACUUAUCCGUUAAAUUUAUAAUGGAAGGAAUCGGCAUAUCUCUUGUAUGUAGAAACACGCAAGAACUAGCAUAUAUAACCUUUCAUGGCGUCAAUUUUUUUUAUACUGAGUCUAGCACUCUUCGAACCUUCAAACUGGAUAUUCGGUGGAUACAAGCGGAUAAUCAGUUGUAUGGAGGUAUUUACCCAAUAUUACUGUAUCCUACCAUUUUAUCUCAGGAGGAUGCAAUGAACGAUAACUCCUUGUUACCGACUUUCCAUUCCAUGGUAGCCUUGAUGAAAGACGAUACUUAUGGUGUCACGUAUGUCAAAUAUGCGACGAUACUACUGCAAGAGUUGACGAUUGAAAUUGACGAAGACUUUGCGUUUGCUGCAUUCGAAUUUAUGAAAGAUUCUAUGCCUCAUUCGUUCAAGCCCCCGGAAGAUUUAAUGUUUAACACUAGCUUGCAUAUACGUAUACCAAAUGAUCUCAGUUCUGAUAUAAAGGUUUAUUUUGAAAUUCUGAACUUACAACCAAGUCAACUUCACUUGUCUUUUGUGAGAACCGAACGGAUUAACAAUGCAAACACCUCGGUAUCAUCGCAUAACCCAUUUGUCUACUUUGUAAAUAUUUUGUCAAUGGCAAUCGGCAAUAUUAAUGAUGCGCCGGUUCGUCUGAACGCUUUGAUAAUGGACAAUGCUCACGUAUCUUUGCGACGUUUGUUCGAGCUAGUCAAAAACCAUUAUGAACAAGAGAUGCUUUUUCAAGUUCACAAAAUAGUUGGCUCCGCUGACUUUUUAGGAAAUCCUGUUGGCUUAUUUACCACAAUUACAUCAGGUUUUGCUGACAUUUUUUACGAACCUUUUCAUGGAUUCAUUAUAAGUGAAGGAUCUUAUGAGCUUGGAAUUGGCUUUGCCAAAGGAACUGCAAGUUUUGUUAAGAAAACAAUAUUUGGUUUAACUGAUAGUAUGUCAAAGGUAACAGGCACGAUUUCAAGAAGUCUGAGUGUUAUUACUAUGGACCAAAAAUUCCAGACUCGUCGAAGAACUGCACGCAUUCGAAAUCGACCAGUUCAUCUUCUAUAUGGAGUUACGGCUGGUGCAACUUCAUUUUACACUGGAGUUCGAAGUGGCCUCAGUGGAUUAGCCCUUCAGCCAGUUUUAGGUGCAAGAAGAAAUGGAAUGCCGGGAUUUAUGAAAGGCCUGGGUAAAGGCAUGGUUGGAUUUACUACCAAACCUCUCGUGGGCCUCUUUGAUUUUGCAUCAAGUAUCACGGAAGGCGCUAGAAAUACAACGACAGUGUUUGACGAACGGAACAUUGAAAAAAUAAGAAUGUCAAGACUGGUUCACAAAGACGGAGUUGUUCAUCCGUUUGAUUUGAGAGAAGCUCUUGGCCAGUAUUGGUUGAAACACCUUGACAAUGGACGAUACUUCAAUGAAUACUAUAGGGCACACAUAGUCAUUAAGAGCCAGCAAAUUGUUAUUUUGACUGACCGACGCGUUAUGUUUGUUCGGUCAAAGAGUUUACGGUGUACAAAAGAAUUUCCUCUUCGAAAGCUUCAAAACGCUGAGUUAAGAAAUGAUCGAAAAGUAGCACUAAUUAUGAAGAAAGGCACCUGUUACGAAUUUGUGGUUCCUCAGAGUACUGCCCGAGAAUAUAUAUUUCGGCAAAUACGAGACGAGCUUAGUAACUUGCAACACAUAAUAGCUUACGAGCUAGAGUUACUGUAA